AUGGCUUCACAGCAUAACCCUGACGAGUUCAUGGCGGAGGGCGAUCUUGACCCCUCCUUCUCGGUCGAAUAUUUCUUUGUGGAAGAAACCACGACUCCAGUGGUCUCGGCUCCUCCUCCCGCCAAAAGGGUGUGUGCUGCUGCCUCUUCAAGCUCUGCGCCUGUGGCCCCCCCGACGGUCCUUGCGAGUUCGUCGAUCGCUCCCACGGUGACUCAUGCGGCGGCUCCUGUGGCUGGCCCGUCCUCUACCGCGCCGUCUACUUCUACUUCGUGGCCCACGCGUGAUGACGCCGCACGCUUCCGCAGGCUGCUUCCCGGAACGAUCUACCGUGCCGCGGAUGGCCCCUCGGCUGAGAUUAAGGUGUUCGAGGACCCCGUCCCUGACUUCACCGCGGCCAAGGCCCGCGGCAAGGCUGUGCUUGUGAUCAGGAACGUGCCGAUCGGCUACGCUACCCACGACAUCAAGAACCUGCUGAUGAAUCGUCGCACCAAGCGUGGUGACAAGUGGCUGGGCGACUUGCUGCAUUUCCACAAGCUGUACGAUCCGUAUGAGGAGUCGUUCCUGCCGCAGAUACUUGGUGUUCCUAUCGCCCCUGUGAACGACCCACUCUUUGAGGCAGCCAAGGUGAUUGGUCAGCACCCUGCGGUGGCGGCUUUCAAGGCCGACCUGGGCCUUCUCUUCAUUGGCACAGACAUCGAAGUCGAAGUGUGGACUUGUGCGCUCUGUUCCUUCAGCUGCGGCUGGGCUCUGGACAGUGCCAUGGAGCAUCUGGCCAGUCCGUCACAUGCGGUUGCCAUCUCCAACGGCUCAGUUACCCCCUCCCCCAUCGAGGAGUUUGGGGACAUGAAGAUCAUGGAUUUCAACAGGAACAAUGCCAUUGCGAGCUUCCUUGCGUAG